AUGGCGCGUAUUCCUGACAAGAUCAAGACCGUUGAUGGAUCAAAAGAAACUCUUAAACUUGCUAUGAGGAUCACUGAUCUUUGGUUUGUUGGUGUGGCGAACAAGUCUGAACAAGCUAAGAUGGUUAUGGUUGACUCCAGUGGUGAUGAAAUCCAUGUUGUUUGUAAGCAAGACCAGUUAAAGGCUUGGAAAAUGGACUUGAAGGAAAAUUGUACUUAUGUCAUGCACAAUUUUAGGGUCAUCAAGAAUGACGGCCAAUACAAAGUUUGUGAUCAUCCAUAUAAAUUAGCGUUUACUGGAGUUACCAUAGUUAGGCAGUGUGAAUUGGAUGACAUCAUUGGUGUGGUUGAUGAGAUUGUCUUUUGCCAUGUUUCACCAAAGAGUAGAAGGGUUGUUUUUAAACUAAGUGACUUGAGUGACCAAUUUUUGUCUUGCACUAUAUGGGACGAUUAUUGCCUUCAAUUCUUGGAAUACUUAGAUGAGCAUGAGAGUGAAAGCCCCAUUAUUGUGUUGUUAACCAAUGCGAGAAUUAAGGAAGCUCAGGGAUCCUAUCCACCAUCAGUUAGCAAUUCUUUGAAGGCUUCAAAGUUAGCUAAUAAUGAACCGGUAGUCCAGAUCCAAGAAUUCAAUCAGAGGCUUUCAGAAUUGGGCAUUGAGGUCCGAUCGGUGUUGAGAGGUCGUGGCCAAGGGAGCUCUCAACUUUCGGGUUCUACGCAAUUAUCAUCAAAGGAAACAUUUAUUUCGAAGUCUGAGGCAAAGACCAUUUCUGAGAUAAACAACAUUUGUGAAGCAUGUUCAAAGAUCAAUGUUACAAUGCUUGACUCCAAUAAUCCUGCCCAACAUGAAUCCCAAUCCAUUUCUAUUACAGCAGAUCAUGAUCCAGUUAUUGGACUUCCCUUAACACCAACAAAGCGAAAACCAUAUGAUGAAUGUGAUGAAGCAAGAAGCUCCCAGAUUUCACAUGCCCAACUAUCGUCUAACAAAUUAGGAAAACACGAGCAACUUGGAUAG